AUGGAUUGGGCCUGGGCACCCCCAUCCCCUUCAUCCCCCCCCGGUUCCCGUUCCCCUUCAUCCCCUCCCGGCUCCCGGUCCCCAUCCCCUUCAUCCCCCCUCGGUUCCCGGUCCCCUUCAUCCCCCCGCGGUUCCCGUUCCCCUUCAUCCCCUCCCGGUUCCCGUUCGCCAUCCCCUUCAUCCCCCCCCGGUUCCCGUUCCCGUUCCCCUUCAUCCCCCCCCGGUUCCCGUUCCCCAUCCCCUCCGCUGCCGUGCGCGGAGCCGGCUCGGGCGGCGUUCGCGGAGCUGCGUUUGGAGGAGCUGAUCGGAGCUGGCGGCUUCGGGCGGGUGUUCCGAGGGACGUGGAGGGGCGAAGUGGUAGCGGUGAAGGCGGCUCGGGGGGACGCCGGGGCUGCGGGGGCUGCGAGCCUGCGGCGGGAGGCUCGGCUCUACGCGAGGCUCCGGCAUCCCAACGUGGUGGCUCUGAGGGCCGUGUGCCUCGAUCCCCCCCACCUCUGCCUCGUCAUGGAGUUCGCGGCUGGGGGACCCCUGAACAGAGCCCUCGCCGGCCGCAGGGUGCCCCCGGUUGUGCUGCUCGAUUGGGCUCGGCAAGUGGCCACGGGGAUGCGGUACCUGCACGCCGGUACCCCCGUGCCUCUCCUGCACCGGGACCUUAAGUCUAGCAAUGUGCUCCUGGCGCAGCCGCUGGACGGGGACGACGUGAGCGGGAAGACGCUGAAGAUCACGGACCUGGGGCUGGCCCGCGAGUGGCAGCGCACGACCAAGAUGAGCGCGGCCGGGACCUACCCCUGGAUGGCGCCGGAGGUCAUCCGGGCAUCCACCUUCUCCAAGGGCAGCGACGUCUGGAGGUGAUGC